UGCUGUUUAAUUUGAUGGGAAGCAUCAUGAUAUUCUUUCAUGAUGAGUACAUUGUUUCACACUAUUUCUUUUUGUAAAGCCCUCUCGGGCUUUUAACUGACCUUGUAAAAAAAAUAAUAAUAAUUGGCCCUGGCCUUUGUGUCUGUAUCAACCCAUAUUUCAGGAGUUGGAGGAGAAUAAAGGAGCAACCAGUUUGCCGGAGUUUUAUACUGACCAGCUCAGGUCCAUGGCUGCUAGGAAAACUCUGCUGGCAUUGGAGGAUGAGGAAGAUCAGGGCCGGGAUAAGAUGAUAAAAGAUCUGAACACAGCAUUGAGGACACAGCCAAUGAGAUUUGUGACGCGAUUCAUUGAGUUGGAUGGGCUGUUUUGUAUCCUGAAUUUCCUCAAGUCAAUGGAUUACGAGACCGCAGAGUCUCAUGUCCACACCUCCAUGAUUGGCUGCAUCAAAGCUCUGAUGAACAAUUCUCAGGGUAGAGCUCAUGUCCUGGGACACUGUGAGAGCAUUAACGUCAUUGCACAAAGUCUUGCCACUGAAAACAUCAAAACCAAGGUUUCAGUUUUAGAGAUCCUUGGUGCAGUGUGUUUGGUGCCAGGAGGCCAUAAGAAAGUCCUAGAAGCCAUGCUGUAUUUCCAGAAAUUUUCCUCAGAGAGAACUCGCUUUCAGAACCUGCUGUCGGACUUGGACCGAUCCACAGGCCGCUACAGAGAUGAAGUUCAUCUGAAGACUGCCAUCAUGUCUUUUAUCAAUGCUGUGCUCAGCCAGGGACCUGGAGAGACUCGUCUGGAGUUUCGUAUCCAUUUACGUUACGAAUUUCUGAUGUUGGGCAUUCAGCCGGUCAUUGACAAACUACGUUCCCAUGAAAAUGCCACCCUGCACAGGCAUCUGGACUUCUUUGAAAUGUUGAGAAAUGAAGACGAGGCUCUAUUGUCCAAACGCUCUGAUGUUGGCCACAUAGAGACCAAAAGUGCCAGCCAGAUGUUUGAGCUGAUCAAGAAGAAUCUAAACCACACUGAAGCUUACCCUCAUUUCCGAUCUGCGUUGCAGCACUGCAUCAUGAUGCCAUAUAAACAGAAUAGUACAACACUUGAGUACUGGGUGAUACUGGACCGGAUAGUACAACAGCUGGUUCUGCAAACUGACAAAGGUGAAAACCCUGAUGUCGCUCCACUUGAGGACUUUAACGUUAAAAAUAUUAUUCACAUGCUGGUCAAAGAGAACGAGGUCAAACAAUGGAAAGAACAAGCUGAUGUAAUGAGAAAGGAGCAUCAGAACUUACAGCAGCGUUUUGAAAAGACAGCGAGGGAAUGUGAAGACAGAAAUAAGGAAAAAGAAGACAUGAUGGCAAUGCUGAACAAGAUGAAAGACAAACUGGAACAAGAGAACAACAGCCACAAGCAAGCUACACUUCAAGUAGCAGAACUAUCUGGUCAGCUGCAGCAGUUCAGCUCAACUCCCAGCAUUCCAGGAGGCCCUCCAGUGACAUCCAGGAAUUCAGUUCCUCCAGAUCCCAUCCCACCCACCUCUGCUCCUUCGCUUUCUCCUCUUUCUCCUCCUCCUCCCCCUCCUCCACCACCUCCUCCUCCAGGAGGCCCACCAGUGUUUGUCAUGGCUCCAUUUGCCCCACCUCCAGGAGCUUCACUAGGAACAACUUGGAAGAAGAAUAUUCCUCAGCCAUCUAAUCCACUGAAGUCAUUCAACUGGAGUAAACUGCCCGAGAUCAAGAUAGAGGAAUCCAUAUGGAUAGAGAUUGAUGACCUCAAUGUAUUUAAAGUACUGGAUCUUGAAGAGUUCCAGAGGAUGUUCUCAGCUUACCAGAAGCCACAACUGACCAAUGACGAGAUCGGCCAUGCCAUUCUGACCAUGGAUGAACAGGAAGACUUGCCUAAAGACAUGCUGGAGCAGCUUCUGAAGUUUGUUCCUGAGAAAAGUGACAUCGAACUGUUGGAAGAUCACACACAUGAGCUGGAUCGUAUGGCCAAAGCAGACCGUUUCCUGUAUGACAUGAGCAGAAUCAACCACUAUCAACAGAGACUCCAGUCUCUCUACUUCAAAAAAAAGUUUGCUGAAAGAGUGGCUGAAGUCAAACCUAAAAUCAAAGCUCUGUGUCUUGCAUCCAAGGAGGUGGUACAGAGUGGGACAUUGCGUCAACUUCUUGAGGUGGUUCUGGCCUUUGGGAACUACAUGAACAAAGGACAACGAGCAAAUGCUUAUGGAUUUAAAGUGUCCAGUCUCAACAAGAUUGCUGACACCAAAUCAAGCAAUGACAAAAACAUCACUCUACUCCACUACAUAGUCGUCGUGCUGGAAAAGAAGUACCCGAAGGUGGCAGCUUUCAGUGAAGAGCUACAGAACGUGGCAGAGGCUUCAAAAGUCAAUAUGGCAGAGUUGGAGAAGGACAUCAACAAUCUGAGAUCUGGCCUAAAAAGCGUUGAGGCAGAGCUGCAGUACCAGCAGGCUCAGACCUGUCAGGGCCCUCUUGAUAAGUUUGUCCCUGUGAUAAGUCAGUUCAUCACUGUGGCCUCCUUCAGCUUCUCUGAUGUAGAGGAGUCCCUCAGCGAAGCCAAAGAACUGUUUACAAAAGCACUGAGACACUUUGCAGAAGACUCCCACAUGCAGCCGGAUGAGUUCUUUGGGAUCUUCGACACUUUCCUCAAAGCAUUCUCAGAAGCCAAACAGGAUAAUCAAAACAUGGCCAGACGCAAAGAGGAGAAGGAGAGACGGGCACUCAUGGAGGCACAGCUGAAGAAAGACAGGGAGCCAAAGGUGAGGAAGACCAAAGCAAGUGAAGAAGAGGAGUGCGGUCAGUUUGAUGACUUGGUGUCUGCUCUGCAGUCUGGAGAGGUGUUUGACAAGGAUAUGUCAAAAAUGAACCGCAGAAAGCAGCGUAAACACAACCAGGAGAGACCAGUCACAAAACUAAACCAGUAACAUGACACUUCAUGGACAGCAGCACCUCUUUGGGACUUCUGUAAUCCUGCUGAAACAAAUGGAUCUCUUGGUAACACUGUUGUAGAUGUGGAGUUUUUAUUUUCACUUAAAUCUACAUUUUGGUUCAUGGUUUAAGGUGGCAUAUAAAACAUAUACUGUACAAGCAUAUAGAAUAGAACAGAAUAUUUUUAUUUUAUUGAUCCCCAUUGGGGGGAAUUGACACACCACAGCAGCAUCCAAAAA